CUACUUUUUGAGUUUUUGUACUAGUGCAGUAGUACUAAUAUGGUUCUCUUCUUCUCUUUAAUUUAAAGGUUUUUCUCUAUGACUUUCUUUGAUUAACGUUACCGUCGUUGCGAAGGGUACCAGAGUUCUCGUGGACGAUCAUUUCUUCGCAAUGCGCUCGCCUGCAGCACGCUGUGAACCACUUGGGCUGAUAUUCUGUGACCAGUGCCAAACUCAUACGCCACGGCCCUGUUAUACACACGCCCGUGUCACUCCCGACAAGCUCGUCAUUCCCUAUUCCGUGGCCAGUCUUCCCGAGACACUAUAGUUGCACGCUCCAGUUGACUGUGGUUCUGAGAAGGCCGUCUUCGCCCGAGAAAUCAUUCCCGCGCUGACAAUCUUCGGUCCCUUGAUGGGAUCGGUGAGCAGCGUCAAGCCAGCCGAGUGUGCCUUUGCUUGCGGGAAUGCGGAGAACGAGGAGUUGCGUUACUUCCAGCUGGAUUCCGACCAAACCUCCAACUGGAUGAAACACGUCAGAUUCGCUGACAAUCCACACCAGUGCAACGUCGCCGUCUUCGAAGUGCCGCAGUCUGUCCCGUUUGGACAGCCUGCGAGUGGCGCAUUGAGUUGGGGAAUGGUUAUCUUCGUCACCAUCCGCCCCAUUCUGCCGAACGAGGAGCUAAAGGUGGCGUACUCGUGGGAUUAUGCCAGUCGCUACCCGACGAAAACGGCAACUGGCAGCAUCGUCCACGGCCCGGCUGCUGUCGGUGUACCCGUUACCAGUGGACUGCCAACCAACAGCACUCUCGCGGAAAACCACAGUUUCAACCUUGGUGUUACGGCUAACGGCAAUGCGGACGUUUCUCCCAUCAUACCCGACAUGGAAUACAGCGUUAUGAGCGAACGCACCGAUGAUGAGGUUGUUUCCGAUUCCGAGAAUGUCCAUGAUUUCCUUCCACUGGAUGACGAAUGCAUGGUGCAGGCCAAUCUGGAAGAAACUGAAGCCGACGAUACGGACGCUGAAGAUUCGGAGAUUAUGGACGGGAUAACGACUGUCUUGUCCGCUGAUAACCACGAGUGUGAUGACGCGGUGUCCAAAAUGCGGCAUCCGGAAGAAUGUCCAGGUUUGCCGUUGACCAACGAAAAUUGUGAACCCUCCUCCACAUGCCGCACAGUCCACCCUGAACCUAGUUCCGGUGAAAUCGUGGACACCAACCAUGACAGCUUAAAAACCAAGAAACACCUUCAGACCCGCAAGCAGGGCAAAUGUUUGGUGUGCGGUCAAAAUUAUUUUGACUUGGUAUCCCAUGUCAACGCCGCGCAUACGGAGGAGGAUAUCCGCGCAGUGGAUGACGCCUGCUUCAUCUGCCACAAAAAAUUUAAGAGCAACCAAAGAGUGGCAAGACAUUUUAAAGCGGUCCAUUGUCGCAUUUCGCCGCCAGACGAAGCCGCUCGACUGGCUGCUCUGGAUUACAUCCGGAGAACGGGAUUCUUGCAUUACCGUUGUGCUGCAUGCGGCAAAGUGUUCACAAGCGAAGCGCUGCUGAAUGUCCAUACUUUCGCCCAUGAUACUGAUAAAAGCCGGCACGAAAAUCAACCGGAGAGGAAGUGUCCAGCGUGUACCUUUACUGCUACGACGUUUGCCGAGCUGACUGAACACACGGGGCAGCAUGCGCGGAAGCUGCGGGAGCAGAAUAAGUGUAUUCUGUGCGGAACCCAUGUUGCCAGCUCGAGGAAGCAUAUAAAGUCGUACCAUCCGGAAGUGCUGAAAAUGUUGCGAGACAAAUGGUCAUUUGAAUGCUCGGAAUGCUCCCAGGUCUUUAUCAAUAUCGGCGCGUUGAGAUGCCAUAUGAACAAGAGUCACCAAGGUCGCCAGUGUUUAUACUGUCGAUUCAGAACCCCCUGCGUGACAACUUUCGGCGAUCAUGUGAAGCAGCAUGCCGUCGACGGGUCGUUUCCGUGUCAGUGGUGUGGGAAAUCCUGUGGAGAAUAUGGAUUACUUGCAGCUCAUGUUCGGGAGAGUCACCGUGAUGUGGCGGAUCGAUUCGCCGAGGAGUAUACUGAAUCUUUAAGUGACUCUCACCGGCCGGAAGAUUUCGUCGAGAAGGGUACUGCUCAGACUGCGAGCGCCUCAGGCGCAGUCGACAGCGCUCCGUUGGCGGAAUUUAUUGAACACAUGAAAGAAACGACGACGUUUUCUUAUUUUUGUCGCUCCUGUCACCUGCAUUUUUCCAUCAAAGCGCUGUUGGAUCUGCAUCAGAUACAUCAUUAUGCGGAUAGAACAGAAUUGAAUCAACGUCCAGAGCGUCGUUGCCCUGCGUGUGAUUUUGAAGCCGCCUGCUUUGCUGAUUUGAUGCAUCACACCAAAGAGCAUGGUUUGAGCGCGACGGAUCACAAGCCGUGUACAGUCUGUGGAGAGCAUGCUCAGAGUCUCAAAUGGCACUUCCGUACCAAGCAUAAAGACAUCAUGACGCUCCUUGAAGAGAGUUGGCAGGUUGGAUGUGAAGAAUGCGGAGAACGAUUCAAGAACAAAACCCGACUUGACCUGCACAUUCAAUCAGCGCAUUUAGGAUUUCAGUGUCUGUAUUGCGCUAAAUUGUUCCGUAAACAGCGGGAUUUGGGUUUGCAUGCCUGGCCGGAACACAGCGUCAACGGCGAAUUUCCUUGUACUUCUUGCGAUAAAACAUUCAGGAGUUAUCCUCUUGCAAGACAGCAUUAUCGUGAAUACCACGAUGUGACGCAGAUGAAGACGUGCGAUAUCUGUCAGCAUGUCUGCCGCGGCAAGAAACAACUGGCGGAGCAUAUGAAAAGCGCUCACGAUGUCCAGACACGGAUCGGAAAAUUUAAGAGAGGUAUGAAAAGUCAGCGAGCACCGUUCUAUAAGAAAACGCCAACGGGUGGCUGCGAAUGCCCGGAAUGCGGGAAAGUACUGAAGAGUUGUACGUCACUGUAUUUACACUUGCGGCAUGUGCAUCACUGUGGGAAGAAAGUAGCGGAGUGGAACAAAAUGCUAAUUUCUGGGGAAAUCCCGGAGAAGCCGCGCUUACGUUUCUCGUGUGAUGAAUGCGGGAUCGUGGUCUCCAGCGCUUCCAGUCUGCAUCGGCACAGACGCUGGAAACAUGUCGGAGAUUAUAAAGAGAACUUUGAGAAACGCCGCGCAGAGAAGAAGAGACUGGGAAUUUACACGCAUUGGAAGACGUACAAGAAGCCUCGCGAUCGCAUGGCGUUGGAGGAUUUCCCACACAAGUGCGACGUGUGCCAGCUGGGAUUCAUGAGAGAAAUUGCUCUAGAGAAGCAUAACACAACACGGCAUCAGGAAGAUAUUGCGAAACAGUCUUAAUGAUUUAGUUCUGCAGUAUUACUUAGCUAUGACCGGACGAUUAAACCGGUUAAUUUUAUUUUUUUAACGCGAAUUUUGUAAAUGCGAAUUCGGAAUUAUCCGAAUUUCAGAAUGUUUUGAUCUCGUAUUUGCUGGGAUUGUUUAGGUUCUGAGGUUAUGUGUUCUACACAAUGUAAAAAUUCUUUGGUUUGUUAUUUCUAACAGUAG